CGCGGCGUCGUCGAUCGCUGUUCCUUCUCCGUUCACGACAUACGGGUGAGCGUCGUUCGCGGCGCGACCGGGCGACGCGCGAGGCGUCAUGCCGUUCGGUAGUAAAGCUCCCGCGCCGCCGCCGCCGAUGGCCGAAGCGAUCCUCGAACGCUUCACCGCGUUCGUCACCGAGAACGUGAAGUUCUCCCAGGAAGACUUCGCGAUCCUCGGUCUGAACUGCGUCGGAUGCGUCCUGUUCUACUACUUCAUGCGUCUCCUCCGCGUCCCGGAUCACUCGUGGUACCUCACGCUGUACUCCAGCGGCGUGACGUCCUUCUUCGGGCUCUACAUGCUCUACCACGUGUGCCUGGACGGAUUCACCGCCGUGCUCGUUCGCGAAGACGACAUCACGCGGUAUCUCGCCAUAUUUUUCACCGCUUACUGCAUCAUGGACCUCGCGCUCGGCACGCUCCACUACGGGACCUUCAUCACAUUCGACGACGGAUGGACGCAUCACUUUUUGUACAUCGUCAUCCUCGCGUACUUGCUUCACAACAACAUGACGCCGCUGUUCGCGAUCGCGCUCGUGGAAGAGCUUCCGAUCAUCGUGCUGUCCAUCUUCGAGGUGCAAAACAAGCAGCGUCCGUCGCUGCUCUUCGGCGUGCUCUACUUCCUCACGCGCGUCAUCUUUCACACGAUGCUCAUCUACAAAGCCGCGAAGCAGAGCACGUUCGUGUUCGUCGCCGGCCUCGGGCUGCUCCUCUGGCACGUCGACGUGUUCCAAGGCUGGGUCAGGGGGUACCUCAUGCGAUCGCACGGUCGCGCGAGGAUGAGCUUCCGCUCCAAGCUCCGCGUCUUCACCGCGAUGCUGACGACGCAAAUCGCGACGCACGCGUUCGUCACGUACGACAUGUGCGCGAACGUGCUGGGCGAUUUCACCUCCCCGGCUGCGAUUUUGUACGCGCUGGUGUUCGUCUACUUUCUGUACCGCAUGGGCGUCGUCGUGCACGACGUCUACACGCAAAACUUCAUCAUGACGUCCAUCGGACGGAAGAAGAUCAUCUACAACAUCUCGUGGGAGGACCCCGCGAUCGAUCACACGGUGAUGCACAUGACCCCGGAGGACACCGUGCUCACCAUCUCAAGCGCGGGGUGCAACGUCCUGGAUUACCUGUGCGAGGGCCCGAAGAAGAUCAUCGCCGUGGACAUGAACUGGGCGCAGCUGCACGUCCUGGAGCUCAAGCUCGCGGGGAUUCGCGCGCUGACGUGGGACCAGUUCUUCGCCAUCUGGGGCCGCUCCGAUUUCGAGGUGUUCAAGAAGGUGUACGCGAAGAAGCUUCGACCGCUGCUGGAGCCGGAGACGGCGGAGUUCUGGGAUCAGAACCAUAAUUUGUUCCGCGAUAACUUCAUGUACGCGGGGACGUCCGGGCUCAUGGCGAAGAUUCUGUGCAUGCCGCUGAUUUGGUCCGGCGUCCGCGAGAAAGUGAAGAACCGCGAGGAGUUCACCGGCGGCGGCGGGUUCUUCUUCCAGCUCACGCUGAAGAUUUGCUCCAUCACGUCUCUGUGGUCCAUCUUCGCGCCGCUCGGAGGCGUGCCGCUCGAGCAGCUCAACCUCCUGUCGAGGAACCCGCAGGUGUUCGUGGACAGGCUCGUCGAGGUCCUCACCACGCGGAUUUGGAAGCCGAACAACUACUUUUACUACGGGUACAUCGUCGGCGAGUUCGCGCCGGACUGCUGCCCGCGCUAUCUCGAGAAGAAAAAUUUCGCCAUCAUGAAACAACGCGUCGAUCGCGUGAAGGUGUACCACGGCACCUGGGCGGAAGCCGCGGUCGAGGAAGGCCCCGGGUCGAUCACGAUCGCGUCGCUUCUGGACUCCAUGGACUGGAUGCCGCCGUCGAUGAUCGCGGAGAACAUCGGCAAAGUCGUCGCGAACAUGGACAAGAAGAACGGCCGAAUCUUUUGGCGGUCCUUCGCGGACCGCGUGCACUCCCCAGUCCUCGCGCACCUCAAAGGCGAGCUCGUGCCGACGUACGACCGCGUCGGGUGGUACCUCACGCAGUUCAUCCAAUCCGUCCCGAAUUUCGAGCCGUACGACCCAACGAUGCUCGAGUGCAAAGGCACGGGGAACACGCCGAGAAAUUCCUUCUACGACGACGUCGCGGUGAUGGCGGCGAUGGCGAAGCAAGGGUUAUCCUCCAAGAAGGACGUGAAAGCGUUCUACAAGUCUCAGGGCACGCGCUACGACGGCUUCCGCGAGGCGCUCCUCCCCGGGCGCGAUCUGCUCAUGCAGCACGCGGUGCCGUGGGUGAAGCGCCCCAAGACGUGGAUCAGCGUGGGUUGCGGCACGGCACGAGAUCUCGAGUUUGUCGUCGAUCACGUGAUCGCGGCGAAGACCAAGGUGUAUCUCUGCGACCUCUCGGACGCGCUGCUGGACAUGGCGCGCGCGAGGGUUAUAGAGCUCGGGCUCGCGUCGCGCGUCGUCCUCGUCGAGGGCGAUUUCAUGUCCCCCGCGGUUCGUAAGAAGCUCCCGAAGCAGGCGGAUCUCGUGACGUGUUCGUACUGCCUCACGAUGGUUCCCGAGUGGGAGAAAGCGCUCGCGACGAUGAAAGAUCUCGUCAAGCCUGGGGGGAACCUCGCGCUGAUCGACUUCAUCACCCGCGACGGCGUCGAUCAGCGGUGGGAUCAGAGGCUGUAUAAGUGGUGGUUCGCCAUGGACGGCGUCUACUUCAACCGCGCGCACGCCGACUGGCUGCGAAGCCGAGAGGACAUGGAGGAGGUGUGGUACAGCGAGGAGGAGAGUCGGGUGCCGUACACGCCGUACUACCCCACGCACUACCUCUACGUCGGCGAGAAGAAGGCGUAGAGGGAAGCGACGACGGAGGAUCAUUUUUUCGCCGUCGGGUUCGGUUUCGCGCGCGACGACGCGGCGGCGACGGUAACAGCCGACGCGGCGUCGCGCGCGCGCGUUCCAACGGCGCGGUGGGGUGGGAUCAGAGAUCGCGAGGGAGCGAUGGGAUGGGAUGGGAUGGGAUGGGGGGUGUUUCUCCUUAGCUUUGCAUGUCUAAAUAUCAGUCGUUCGACCUGACUG